UUCCUGUUACCAAGCUCGGUCGCCUGGUUAAGGAUAUGAAGAUCAAGUCUCUCGAGGAGAUCUAUCUCUUCUCGCUUCCCAUCAAGGAGUCGGAGAUCAUCGAUUUCUUCCUGGGGUCUUCUCUGAAAGAUGAGGUUCUGAAGAUCAUGCCGGUCCAGAAGCAGACUCGUGCUGGCCAGCGUACUAGGUUCAAGGCUUUUGUCGCUAUCGGGGACUACAACGGCCACGUUGGUCUGGGCGUUAAAUGCUCGAAAGAAGUCGCUACUGCUAUUCGUGGGGCGAUCAUUUUGGCCAAGUUAUCCAUCGUACCGGUACGACGAGGCUACUGGGGGAACAAGAUUGGCAAGCCCCACACCGUGCCCUGCAAGGUCACUGGCCGGUGUGGGUCUGUUGUCCCGGCCCCCCGUGGGACAGGGAUCGUGUCGGCCCCUGUCCCCAAGAAGCUGCUGAUGAUGGCGGGGAUCGAUGACUGCUACACCUCGGCCAGGGGCUGCACCGCCACCCUCGGCAACUUCGCUAAAGCCACCUUCGAUGCCAUCUCCAAGACCUACAGUUACCUGACUCCUGACCUCUGGAAAGAGACUGUGUUCACCAAGUCUCCUUACCAGGAGUUCACUGAUCAUCUGGCAAAGACCCACACCAGAGUCUCUGUGCAGAGAACCCAGGCAGCUGCUGUGGCAACGACUUAAGGGGGUUUUGCACAAGAUAAUAAAGUGAUCAGUGA